AUGAAGCUCCUCAUCUGGGGCUCCUUGCUGGCCAGUGCCGCAUAUGGCCGCGUUAUAGGCACGCCGACCCAGUCAAGAAGCACAUUGAGCUCGUCAGUCGCUCCAGUGCAGUCACCCACCGUCUAUAUUGACACAUACGAGAGCACGGUGCAGGGCAAUAGAUCACAAUGCAUCUCUUCGGUCUACAACCUCAAGGCAAUCCCCUUUGCCGCCGCCCCGACUGGAGCUUAUCGUUGGCGUCAUCCGCAGCAUGUCAGCGGAUGGACGGGCGUCCGUGACGCUACCGAGUUUGCCCCGGAUUGUCCCCAGCCCGGGUCGAGCUAUUAUAGCGAGGACUGCUUGUAUCUCAACAUCUGGACUCCCGAUACGGCCACCCUAAACGACGUGCAGAAUAACACGGAAACCAGGAUCGGUGUGGUACCUGCCUCGUCCAGCAGCAAGCUUCCAGUCUAUGUCUGGUUCUACGGGGGCCGCUUUGGCUCGGGAUCGAGCAGCCAGGCCCUGUACGAUGGGGCCGGUCUAGCCGCCAAGGGGGUCGUGGUUGUGACCGUCAAUUAUCGACUGGGCGCGCUGGGCUUUUUAGCCCACCCGGAACUCAGUCAGAACUCGUCUAGCGGUACCUCAGGCAAUUACGGCUUAAACAUCGCCGCCUUCGGGGGCGAUCCAACCCGCAUUACUAUUGGUGGCCAGUCAGCAGGCGCCGCUGCUGUGCUCGAUCAUCUGAACAGUCCACUUGCGGACGGGCUUUUCGAGCAGGUGAUUGCCGAGAGCGGAGCUCAUUACCCUUCCGAUCCCCUAAUCGGGAGUGUGGCCGAGGGAUACCGCCGUCUCGCCGUCGCGGAGGCGCAGGGGACUGCGUAUUUCAACAGCCUCAAUCUCUCAGGGAUUGCCGGGGCCCGUGCCGCUCCAGUCGAGGUCUUCCUGGCCGGCGCCGAUGCGAGUGACGUUACUUACGUGAAUACGGUCUUUGCCAACAACUCGGUCUAUAUGGAGCCCCCGCUGUUCCGUCCCGUCCUGGACGGCUACGUACUGCCGGCUACCUACCAGGAGAUGCUGCAGCAGGGCAAUUAUACCAUCGCCGCGGUUCUGACUGGCGGAAACCGAGAUGAAAAUGGUGCGACCCCGAAUCCCGGGAUGACGGUCGAGAGCUAUACGCGCCAGAAUCAGUACGAGUUUGGCAGCGUCGGCCUGGCCGCUGAGUUCUUCCAACUAUAUCCUGCAGGGAACAGUAACAGCAGCGCCGAUGCCGCCAGCAAUACCUUCUAUCAGGACCAGACCCGCAUCUCCCUUUGGGAGUGGGCCAAUGAGUAUCAAGCCGGAGUCGCGCGCAACACCUCGGGCAACAGCACUGUCAGCACUUACACCUACUACUGGACCCAUGCCCCCCCAGGCCAGGAUGAGGGCGCGUACCACAUGAGUGAAAUUAACUAUGCGUUCAACAACUUGUAUGCGACUGACAAGCCUUGGAAGCCUGAGGACUAUGCAAUCGCCGACCGGCUGUCCGACUAUUGGGUAAACUUUCUGCGCUCUGGGAAUCCCAAUGGCCCGGGGCUGCCCAACUGGCCGGCCAACGAUGCUGCUGAGCCAGUGGUGAUGGAAUUAGGCGAUGCGUGGGAGCCAGUCUUGGUGGCUUCAGCCGAGAAGCAGUCUUUCAUGAACAAGUGGUUCAGUAAUUGGCCGGUGUACUGAGCGAGCUAAGCUGGGGUCAAGACUCGGAUCUGCUGCAAUGGUAUAUGAGCGGGGCUCCGGACUUGAUCGUUACAUACUUGUUAGGCG